AUGUUCGUUAUUUGUUUACUGUUUGUUAAUUUCUUACUCGUUGAGAGUAACUAUUAUGACCUCGCAGAGGCCGAGAGUUAUUUUAACGAGUUUAUUAUCGCUCAUAAUAAGCAGUACGUAAAUGAAAGGGAAAAGUUUACACGAUUCCUGAUUUUCUCUGAAAACCUUAAGGAAAUUAAUCGGAAGAAUGCAGAGAGUACACACGCUGUUUAUGGUAUAACACAGUUUUCUGAUUUGACCAAUGAAGAGUUCCUCAAGUAUGCUACGGGGCUGAAUGGUGUGGGUGUACCAAAAUGCUCUGCUUCAAUUAGCGAAGUCAACUCUUCAAUAAUAGCACCUGAUUCGUUCGACUGGAGGACGGAGAAGGUAGUCAGCCCAGUCAAGGAUCAGAAAACAUGUGGUUCCUGCUGGGCUUUUGCAGCUACAGGUGCUGUCGAGAGUCAAUACGCAAUAAAACACAAGACAAUCCAAGAGGUGUCCGAACAGCAGCUGAUCGAUUGCGACCAGAGAUCCUCGGGAUGUGAUGGAACAAAUUCUUUAGAAAAUCCAUUAUUAUAUUUUAUGGAAAAUGGAGCAAUGGCAGAAAAAGACUACCCAUAUGAAUCGAAAGACAAUAAAUGUCGAUUUGAGAAGGAGAAAGUGAAGGUUACAGUAAAGGGAUGCACAAAUUUGAAAGUUGAUAAAGAUGAGGAAAAAUUAAAGAACUUAUUACACCAAAACGGCCCUACAAUGAUUGCAGUCGAUGCUAUUCCACUCAAGCACCAUAGAGGCGGAAUCCUCAAAGACUGUAAGAGUAAUACUGUUAACCACGCUGUUCUUCUUGUUGGAUAUGGAUCAGAAAAUGGUAUUCCGUACUGGAUCUUGAAAAAUUCUUGGGGUCGUUAUUGGGGUGAAGACGGCUUUAUCCGAAUCCAGAGAGGCAACAACUGCCUCAAUUCGAUGUUAGUAGCUCCAGUACUGCCUAUUGUGGAUUGA